UUAAUUUACUGUUUUACUGUGGUCACUCUAAUUAACACUACUUUCCUGUAAAAAGGUAGGAUGUCAAUCAGGUUUGGAUCUGUUUUGAUUUUUUAAUACUGAUUCAUACAGGCCAUUUGGUUUAUGCUAUGGGAGAAUUCCAAAAGAAGCAAUGUUUGCAGUAGUAAAAGGUCACUGGUUUUGUGAUCUAGAGCACACGCAUGUCUGGGAGCCUGGCCUGAGCAAGGAGAAAGCAAGUGCUUGACCUUAUCUCUUUUCCUGCAGCCUUGCUGCAGAGAAGUGCAUGAAAGAGGUAAAACUGUGUGGAUCAUCUGGUCCUCCUGUUCUGCACAGCCAGGGGAGCAUUCACCUUAUCUUCUAGCAGAAUAACAAGCAUUAAUGGAAAAUAUGGCAGUUUGGAUGAGAUAAUGCCCAUAAAGGCAGGCUAUGGUUAUCAACCUCUCUUCCCAAAAUAAAACUGAAUUAAGUUUUUAAUUACUGAACUGUCUGAAAUAAGCUUUUGCACAGUCGUGCACCUAAGGGGAAAACCCUGCAGAUACAAGGAAGGAAGGUGAGCGGGACCACAGGGUGUUGGAGGUAUCUGCCCUUGAAAGGGCAAAGCCGCCUGGCCAGCAGGUUUGUCACUAAAAUUUAGAAACUGGCUGUGAUUCCAGGUGCCACCAGUGCCUUUAAUGCUUUAGCAAAGUGCAAACUGCGUAAUGCCAGGGCCGGUGCUGAAACGCGACACCGGGACAUCGCUUCCUCCCAGCCGCCUGUUCCUUACAUAACCGCGGGCUUCCCGGGGCGGCCUCUGGCUGAGCCGAGCCCGCCGGGAAAUGCCCGGGCAGCCGCUGGCACUUCUGCCAGGCUUAGAAAGAACAGCAGUAAAUUCAUUCCGAGUCCAGUGGUUCUAGUACCUCAGGUGCCAUCCCCGUGCUGUGGAUAGGGAAAAUGAAGCAGGAUGGUGAAGCUGGUGAUGGGAGGCGCUGAAGUUUUUGCCCUGUGUGCUUGGUUUGAGCCAGUUUCAUCUGCACCUGGAAAGCUCCAUCUGUCAGCUCUGCUCCAUGGACACCAUGUUUUCUCAGGGCCCCCUCAAAACAUCUGCUCUGUGGUUGGCAGAGCAGCAAAGUGGGUGGCCUUUUGGGGGACUUUUCUUGUUUUCCUGGUAAAGAUGUCAGUCAAAACAGAACCCAUACUGUAACAGGAGAGAGAUUAGGCUUUAAGGUAUUCUAUAUUUUAUUCUCUUUCACAGAUAAAGGUGAACUCAGCUUGAAUCUGCCCUUAACCAUCCACAAUGCUGAUCUAUUCCUUACUUUUGUUUACUCAUUUUUUUAAUUCCAAGUACUUGGAGAGAUCAUAAGCAAUGCAGUAAUUCAAGUUAGAAAAGACAAUCUUUUGUUUAAAAUGAGGUUUUCUGAAGUGUUUUUCCAUCAAGUUGCAUUUUUAAGGAAGUUUUUAGCAGUGGAGUUAAGACUGAAUAGCUCUCAUAGAGUUUUGUCGAGAGAUUUAAAAGUGAUGUCUUUAAUACUGUUUUGCCGUGAUCUUCUAAAUGCUUGUGAUAUUGAGCUUUCUUAAUAGUUAAACUUGUGAUUUCCUUCCAUUCUUCAUUUUGGUUGUAUGAAGAAAUGUGAUAUUCAGUGUCCUUCGUUUUGGAAGAGAAAUCUGUCUUUCUGCUAGUCAGACCACCACGCUGUGUGGAGGGGCUUUCCUCAUGCCUGUGCCAAACUCCAAGCCUCAGCCCACUUGGGGCUGUAAGAAUGAGUUUGUGUUUCUGCUAACAGAAGUCCUGUAAAACUCAGAUAUUGCACAGCCCAUUGGGUUAAUUGGGAGACUUUUAAUUUUGGGAAUACGAUAUUGUGAUACACAUGUAUUUUCUAAGAGGAAGAAGAUUCAGUUAAAGCAAUUGUUUGUAGUUUUAGUACUGCAAACACAGUCUCCUGCAAACCAGAAUCAGUUUAUCAGUGGAGAUGUAGGUAGCACAGCAGGGCCUGGAAGGAAAAGUCCAGGGAUAAUAGGAAAGUUCUGGAGGAUGUACAUAUCUAGAGAGCAAUUUAAGGACAUUUGCCUCAGCCUAUGCAAUAUUGCUCUGCAGUGUAACAUCACCAAAACGUAACACUUGGCAGUAUGCUCAAAAAGAGGUGGCUGCUGAUGUUUUUGGUUUUGGUUUUUGGUUUUGGUUUUUUUUUUUUUUUCUGAAGGUUUUCCCAGAAAAUCUGUUCUUCCAAAGAAGGGGUCAAGCCAUGUAGAAGUGGUGUUUUGCUGGAGAAAUGUAAUUAUCAAACUUAAUGAAAGAACCUCUUUCUUGUAAAACAAGCUGCAGAAAACAAGACUGCUGGGAUUUGAGGGGAGGGAGCUUUUCUAAACUUCUUCAAGAUGUAAACUUACGCUCAGGAAAGGCCAACAAACUUAACAGAGAUCUGACCAGACUAUAUGCAUAACAGAUCCUCCCAGCAAAGUCUUACCUCAUGACAAAGCCUUUUUAACCAGUUGUUUACCUUUUGUCAGGUCAACCAAUGCUUGGUUCCUGAAGCAAGAGCUGAAUGUCUUUGGUCUAUCAGGUGCCCAUUUGACACCACUGUUUCUGAGCAAGGUGUGGGUUUUAGAUUUAUAAGAAAAGCAGCAGAGGUUGACAUCAAAUUACUUUGUAAUUUACAGGGGUACCAUCACUUAAAAUCACAGGCAUCUGCACAUGUGAUUGUCUAUCACAUCUGCUGUCUGUUCCUAUCUCGGUGGGUGUUUCCCAUAACCAACAUGUCUGUGCAUCAUGUGUGAGACUGAAUUUUAUCUGAAUAUUGGCUUUUCACACAGUGGCACUUUGUGAAAGUGCAAAAGGGGCAAAGGGCAAUUAACUUGCUUGGAUUUUAUCUUCUUGCCCAUGGUAAUGUAAUGCAAUUUAGCUGAUCCCUGACCUUCUUGUGCACUUCAGACUUCUGUUGUAGGUAUAUCUUGGUAAAUCGCUUUGCCACCCUUAUCUUCAACAGAUUGUCUGGUUUUGUGGUAGGUUCUUUAUAAACACAUUUGCAGGCUCUGAGAGUUCAUGCCCUGCCUUAUCUGCAGCAGGCCUUGGCCUGUGUAGUUGGGCCCAGCAGCAGCAGUGCUGCAUCCCAGAUAAUUGCUUCAUGUAUAAAAGUAUCCUUCUCUUCUAGGAUCUCUAAGCUAAGACUGUCUGCUGUAUAAUUGUCUAUGAUGAAAAAAUCCAUCUUCUAGGACCCCAGAAGGUAUUUAGAGCGGCGUUAUCCCAUGGAAUCUAGAGGCAAUAGAAGACUAAGGAAGAUGAAAACCUUAAAGUCAGUUCUAGCCACCCCAGCAAUAGUGUUGUUAGUUUUGGCAAAUCCUGUCUCAACAGUAAAGCCAGCUGCCAUUUUGGCAUCAACACAGACAGACUUGGCAUGAUCCCUUCUGGCAUCAAAAAAAUGCUUCGUGGGAGCUGGCACCAAAGCUGUGAAGCAAGGGUAAGUAAGGCCCAAGGGAAACGCCAAGCAGCCAUGAGAUGAGCACUAAAAAUAGUGAGUUGCUGUCAUGUGUAAAGAAAUCAAAUAGCACUUGUAAGAGUAGGGCAUCCAAGUUCUCCAUCAAGGUUGUGCUGGUAAGCAUCUCUGGGACAAUGUAUGUCUGUGAUGAUGUGACCAAAGGGCACACACAGGCUGUAUUUUUGGUACCCGCAUGGUGCAAGACUCUAAAACUAGAACAGACGCUUACCGUCUUAAUUCUGUGCUUAGGAUCCUGUUACUGUCUGCAGACUCUGCCUUCUUCCCUGUCUGGAGCAGAUAGUCUCCUCUUGAGCCAUUACCAGUCCUGUUUGCAUACAUGGGCAUCAGGAAGACAAGAGCUGUAGUGCCAAAAAGCAAGGAGCCAAGUUGGUGUCCCUGUACCACCCCGGAUACACUGUGGCAGUCUCUUCAAAUAUUUAACAGCUGAACUCUCCACUCCCUCCUCCUUCUCCCCCUCCCAGCAGGCUUAGAAGAAAGCUGAGUAGGCUUUACCAUGACUUCAUUACCCACUUCAGACUAAAAGUGAAGCCUGACAUCUUCAUUUGGGCAUUUCAGGUGCCCCAAAACCUGGGAAUGCUAAAGGGGCAGAAUCAACCCUAUCUUCUUUGAGCACUUAGCAUCACUUCCCAGUAGGGCACUUUCAAGCCUUUAGUCCCUCUGUGCCUCAGUGAUGAAGGACUUUGAAGGUUUUUAACACCCCUGGGCUUGGAUGGCAGGUGUGGGUGUUAGAGUGGUCACACAAAAGUGGAUGAUUCACACAGACUUUGGCAUUACAGUUGCACUGCCUUGGCCGCAGCUCUGUUGCUGUGAAGAAAGGCACACUGGACCUCUGGCUAUCAUUUUCUGCUGCAUGGGGAAACAGCAGUGGGAACAAUGUCGCUAAGGGCUGGAAAUCUCAAGCUACACUUAGAAAAAACUAUUUUGGUCUCAGAGAAGAGCCUGGCCUUUUGUUUGCUACCACUCCUCCAUCAGCUGAACAGUAGAGUGGGUAGGAGUGUCUGAACAGCCUGGAUGUGGUUGCUUUUAUCUCCUCUGUCAGAUGGGUGUUGGAGAGGACUCCUCUUGGGUAUGUCCUCCACAACCACCCCUUGUCUGCUCCCUGCCCUUUCCUUGAGUGCCCUUAGCAUAACUUAAUACAAAAGGCAGCUUCAGAGGAAGGAUUGCUUGCUGUACGAAAGUGCAAAGGGAAGUGCUUUACUGUUGGCAUUUCUUCACCCUCAAAGGAGCAGUGAAGAAGAGGGCAAGCUCUCACUGAAAUAGCAGAUGAUGGAGUGGGUAGUGGCUCCCUCUGUGGUGCACACUACUUGAGUUCAGAGCUUACACGUGGCAUUUGGGUGGAGAUGUGGCACAUAUUUGUAGUUGCCUGCUUGGCUGACAAUUGCUGUUUGGGAUACAGCUGGAAUUGAGAGUCAUUUGGAAUCAAGCAUGAGCUGUUGCUGUUGGGGCUCUUGGUAACACUGAGAAUAUUUUGAAGUGCAGUCUCAUCCUCCCUGGUCAACCAGUUACUCAGAGAGAAAGAAAGGUAACAGCAGUGAGGUUGGAAUGCACUGUCCCUAUUUGCUUAACUUACUAAGCUGCAAGAGUUUUUUGCACUUUUGAAUCACUGAGCUGACAGAAGUGAUGGCCUGAGGGGAAGAGGCACAGUUUCUUACCACUGCAAGCCCUUGUGCUUUGUUGCACAUUAAAACUUAUUGAUCCAUCAGAGUGGUUGCAGUGCUAACUCACACGCUGGUUCCAAUAGAUAUGGUGUCUUUUCCUAAAAUUAUUCUUUGCUUUCUGCAACAAAAAUUAAGACAGUUUGGCCUGAAAAAUAGUAAAUGCAGUGACUCCAGUGUUCUUGUUUUGUAGUUGAAGUGCAUGUGGAUUGGGAGACCCACUUUACCCCACUCCUAAACAAUACAGUAAUACUAGACAGAAUGAAAGGUUUGUUUUGGGCCACUUGUCCCCUGAGCAAAAGAGUAGAUAUUCUAGGUCCUGCAGGUACUGGGAAGUUACCAGCCUGACCUCUUCUUCUUGGUCCUCUGGAAUUUGUUGAUGGCAUUCUUGGUAGGCAGUGCCAAUGCUGUAUGUUACAUGAACCCAGGACACCUGGUCCUCACACUGGGAAGUCAUCAUGUUCUUGUAGUGCUAUCAUUGGGGUGGGGAAGUUGCCCUUCACUUUGUAGGGAUCUACAAGUACACAGGUGGGCAGAAAUAGUUUGUAGGCAGAUUUAGCAUUGCAUUGCUGUUCCAGCACUGGUUAUCUCCCAGUGUCUCAUGCUAGUUGUGCCAGCAAACUAGUCCCUUUAGAAUGUUUGCUGUCAAGGCAGAUGGAGCUUGUUGUUCCUGGAUAUUGUCUUCUUCUAGAGAAACAGAGAUCUGCUUUUACACCUUUCUGUAUGUUUCUUUCCUUUUUCUAUUCUUUCUUCCCCAAACCAUCUCCAGGAUGGGGAAAGGUAAAGUCACCUUUAUUGAGGUUGCUUCUUUCACACUGUGUUUUGAGUGCGUGCCAGAUUUAUGAAGUCUCAGUCCUAGCACCCAGAGCUGCAGGCUGACUAACAAAAAUGGUGCUCCAGAAACACUCCUCUUAUCAACAGGAAAAUAACAGAUUGCACUGGGGAAAAUGAAAGAAUAAUUAGAUAUAAUUGUUCCAACUUUAUGGUCAACCUGUGCAUGUAGCUACAGAACUGUGGUAUUAAAGUUUAAACAGAGGAUAGUACACAUCAUCUGUAUUUACUGUUCAAAACCUCUCUCUGCCUAGGACUGUAAUAGUGGAGCAACUGAGAGCAGCCUCAUGCUUCAAGCCUGACAGAUUUGAGGUGCACAACAUCAAUUUUUGUUGCAAUCGUGUUAUCACAACUGGAUCUCCUCAGGGUGUAUCAAAAUGAGUACUAUACCUUGCUUGGUUAUCAGACCUGCUUGCAAGCAUCUCUCAUCAAACAUAGAAAGCAACUCUGAAAUGGCCCAAACAACUGCCAUCGUGUGUUUCACUUGCACAUUAUAUCUGAGGUCAUGAGGCACAGUGUGUUGGCCUGUGAAAGUACUGAGCCCCAUCCUUUGCUGGACAUCGUAUUUGGGGCAGAUGGCAUGAUCUGGAGCAGUAUCGUAGACUGGUAAUGCCUGGAGGCCUCUACUCCCUCUUUUCCAGUAGAAACUUGCUCACCAUUUUUCUGUGGUGGGAUCCAUGCUGACAUGCCAAAAAAGGAUGGUUGGUGGACGCCUAAACAAGCAAAUUUGGAAAGUAAUGUAGAUGCCAUAAUCUGUCCUGACAUUAGUCCUGACUUUUCAGAGGCCUCAAGAGAGUCAUCUGCUGAGGAACUGUGUGAACAAACACACAAAAUUUGUGUUUGUUUUGUCAUAAUAUCUUGGAUAGACACACUCUUGUGUAGCCUUUGCAGAUCUUAAAUUCCAGGUUUGUAUAAAGGAAAUGAACCCAUGCUGAGCCUGCCUUAGAGCUGCUCUUGCUUUCAUUAAAAUAAUUAUUAUUUCAGCUCUCGCUUCCCCCAAGCAGAGAGCAGUGGAAAAUUAGAAGGGUUUUGGAAAUGGACAAGAAGCAGCUGAAGGCUUUGGGAUAAGAUUUUACAUUAAGAGGAUAGGGAAGAUUGAUAUCUUUUAUAAGAAGAUAGCUAACAGGUACAGAGUAAUGAAUGGGUGAGAAGAUGGAUGAGGACUUCUGUUCCCACCUGCUAAUAAUAUGAAAGUCAAAUUAGAAGGUGGUGAAUUCAUUCCUGAUGAAAGAAACUAUUUGUUCACAACCCUGUCUAUGAAACUCACUGCCACCAGGCAGAGCUUUGGGGCAAGAAUUUACGAACUUAAAAAAAGAGGAAGGGGUAAAGGAUACCAGUUGGUACAUACAAAGCAAUUGCAAUGAUUAGGAGAACCUAGGUGUUUUGCAGAGGUUCUAAGGGUAUUAAUCAGUGUUUUAUAAGGGUAUGAGCUACCUUGUCCAGCUCUUUUUUUUUUUUUUUUCCCUAUCCCUCUACAGGGUUUUUUCUGUAGUCACCUAUAGCAGGGUUGUGGAGCAUGUUACUGGCUGCUGUCACUCAGGGACUGCAGGAGAGGGUGGCUGCUCCUGCUGCAGUCAAAUGUGGUAAUGCCUGCUUGCAAACCACCUUUUUUGUGUCAGUCCUUCCAGGAUUGCUAAAUUCACACAUAAAUUAGGAUGCUUUUGCUUUUCCACCAAGUUACUGCAUUUGAUAGUCCUUCACAACUUGUCUUGGAUCUGGAAUGACGCUUUGCCUUUUGAGUGUGUGCUGGGGAAGAGGCGGGUGGUUAAAGUUAGAUUUCUUCUGACAGUAGGGAUUUAGAAACUGCUGCAUUAGCUCAGCCCUGGGAUCUGCCUGGUCCAGAGCUCUGGAUAGCAACAGCCAAAAUCGGAUGUUUCAAAGGCCAGUGCGAGGCCACAGAACAGAUUACUAAAACAGAAAGCUGCCCUUUUAUAUCACUGGUGUUUGUCCAUAGAAUUGGAAAAGCAAAGGUUGACAGUUAGUUUGAACCAAGAGCACAAAAGCUGGAAAAUCCCAUUGCCUUGCUCAUGCUAGUUAACUCAGAUGUUUUGUAUCCUCCAGGAAAUUGCUUUGUUGCUUGUUUUCUCUUAGGGAAAUCAGGGAUGUGCUUACCCUUAAACAGCAUUUUUAGAUGGUGCCUUGAAGUUGGUGUAAAAAUAAGUAAUGCUUUUGUGUAGUCUCACAGCCCAGUUGUGGAGAGGACACACAGAGUGGGGUUCUCAUUUGGGAAACCACUUUGGGCUGGACUGAGAGGAGGCAGCAGUGGUGGUCACUGAGUGGUUCAGGCAUGUGCAAAAUGGGUGUCUUUUUCUGACACUGCUGAAAGCUGUGUAGCUGUUGGGUGGCAAGGGGUGUCUGUUCUGCUUUUUUUUUAGUUUCCUCUCUAAUUUUUUCUCCUGUUUCUAAUUAGCAUUUGCAAGAAUUUAAUGUGAUUUCUCUCUCUCCUGAAGUACUGAAAUUACUAAUAAAACUGCUUCUAAAAAAGGCAUUCAGUGAACUCACUAUGCAAAAAAGUAUAUUCCUUUCCUUGUCAUUUAUUUUAAUUUGUUGGGCUCCAAAGCCAAAGAGGUCAAAAGCCAGGGGAGUUUGUCCUCUGUCAAAGAUCUAUGGAGCUGCUGCUGGGGCAUAUGGGAGUGGCACUGGUGUCCCAGGCCCCCCUCUCCCCGACAGACGAGGACAGCUGCUGAUUAAAGAGAAGCUCAAAAAAAGAGGUUGCUGAACUUUCAAAGUGGAGGUAGAAAAGGAAGUUAAAUUUAGAUUACCUUCUGCAGUGUCAUCUUCUGCAUCACUGUGGAACUUGCUGUACUCCUUGCUUGGGGGAGGACAAACAAGACAUGCCAUCCUGGGCACCGGAUGAUGAAUUUGUUUAUAAGGCUUAAUUGCCCCUUGGCAUGAAAAUGUGAAAUGAGCUCAAGUAGAAUGAGAAACCUUUCAUCAGGGCUAGUCAGAUUUUCCUUGGGGAGAGGUGGAUUUGAAACUCUUCCCAUCACCUGUCUGAUGCUGAAGGGGUCCAAUCCUGAUCCUACUGAAAUCAGGGAAGUUGUUGCUGUUUCUUUAGAGGGACGGCUGUUAUCAGGGGCUGAGAGUUGAACAGUGCUAUGAGUCAGAAAAAGUGGAACUGUGGUGGCAGGCAGAAGGUGGCAGGGAAGUGCUUUGGAUCUGUGAAGACUACCCAGGUCCUCAGGGUCUGGAGGAUCGGAGGAGCGGGCUGCCCACAGCAGAUGAAGAAAUGGUUGCUGUGGGGCUUUAAAUUCCUGCCUUCCCAUGUGCUGGCGUGGAGGAUGAGCCUGCAGAAUGCCUUUCCUCCUGGGUCUCAGACAGGGUUUUGGCUGGUGUGGACCAUCAUCAUCAUCCUCAGCUGCUGUUGUGUUUGCCAUCACCGCCGCACCAAGCACCGCCUCCAGGCCCAGCAGCGGCAGCACGAGAUCAACCUGAUCGCCUACCGGGAGGCCCAUAACUACUCAGCCCUGCCCUUUUAUUUCCGGUUUUUGCCAAACUAUUUGCUACCUCCCUAUGAGGAAGUGGUGAACCGACCGCCGACCCCCCCGCCCCCGUACAGUGCCUUACAUCAGCAGUGUGUCCCAGCAGGCAGCAGUAGCACAGUCCCGGACACGCCCAGGACCCUGCAGCCAGCACAGAGCAGCUCUGCAGCACCCAGCAGCAAUAACAGCAGUACUGACAGCACCGGGGCGCCCGGCCGCGGCGACCCCGAGCCCUCCCCCACCGUGCUGGGCGAGAGAGCCGUCGCCAAAAUGCAAAGCGUCGAGCCCGGCAGUACCAGCACAGGAGCCGAGCUAGUGGAGAGGGCCGGUCCUGAUAAGGAUACAGAGUGCAAGGAGGAACUGCUGAAAGGUUACAGCUCUGAGAGCUUAGAGCAGAGCAGCGCCAUUCCCGACGCCAAGGACAAGACCCCGGGCAGGCAGCGCCGUUUCACCGGUGACUCAGGCAUAGAAGUCUGUGUAUGCAACCGGGGUCAUCACGACGACGACCUCAAGGAGUUUGACGGGCUCAUCGAUGACGCUCUGGACGGGCCCCUGGACUUCUGUGACAGCUGCAGCGGCCGUCCCCAUGGGGACGAGGAGGAAGGGCUUUUCAGUGCCACGGAGGAGCAGCACCGUGAGCACGGCCACCACCACCUGCCCCGGCAGCCAGUGUGUGUACUCUUGAACACAAUAAAUGAGCAGGACUCUCCAAACUCUUGUACCAAUAACUCCCCCAGCUAAGGUGGCAGAGUGGAAGGGAGAAUCGGGGGAAAAAAAUAAAAAUGGAAUAAGAGGAUUAAAACUUCAACAGGAGGAAAAGGUGAUACAACCUUCUUUUUUUUGUUUAUUUUUCUUUCUCCCCUCCAAUAUAAUAUGGGGACUAGACCUCGAAGGCCCAGCUUGUGGGGGACGUGUCACUCUGGGUUUUGUUAAUCGUAUUUGCCCUGCUCUGUGCAGCAGGGACUGAUGUUUCUCAAUGAGACCUUCUAAAGAAUGGAAUUUUUCCAACGGUGAUUUUGGUGAUGGUUAUUAUGAGUUUGUUGGUUUUAGUUUUCCGAAACACUGCUUUAUCUUGCAAUCAGUAAAACUCAGCAAAUCUCACCCUGGGAGGAUACCAGAUCACCAUAAGGCUUCAACCUCCAGGUGUCUUCCCAGAAGCAAGCAGCUUCUGACAGUGCCGGCAGUCAGUAGCCCAAGAGUUCUGGUUUGAUAUAGUGCUCUUGAGGCAUUGGGGAUUUCUUUUCAUCUUUUUUCCUUUUUUUUUUUUUUUUUUUCUUUUCCUGAUGUUAAGUUCCCUGAAGCUGGUGAAUGCCCAAACACAUCAGCCCUAUAAUCUCUGGUGCUUCAGUGUUUAAUAUAGCAGGUAGGAAAAGUAGGAAGUUUCCCACUUGAAGCUGGUGACUGAAGGACCAGUUUCUUCUAGAAGGAGUGUUAGUGUACCUUAGGCAGUUUGAAAAGAAAGGGUUUGCAGAAAUUUGCCUUUAUGUGUCAUUUUUAAACACAAGUGUGUUCCUUCAAUGCCUCCAAGAGCACAGUUAGCAGUAGAAUCCAGGCAGCUGGGCUGCCUUCCAAGUACUGUGGUCUCCGAAUGACCUUUUCCCGGUGUGCUGCAAAAGGGCUUGGCUUUAUUUUUGUCCUUUUUUUGCACCCCGAUAGCAGCACACUGGAGUUCAGAUGACAAAAGAACAGGGCUCUCCUUGGCCAGCGUGCCUUCAAGCUUUAGUGAUGCAUGUUGAACAAAUGGAGACGAGAGCUCCGUCCAUUGCGAAAGGGAUGAUGUACCUUGUAGAUGUGGAAGACCUGCGCAGUAUUUUUUUUUAAUCCAAAAAUUUGGUGCGAUUCUAAUGAUGACCACUUAAAGAAAUGAAUGUCUGUUUUCUUUCUUUUCUUUUUUUUUUUUAUGGUGGCAACUGGCUACUGUAUAAUGUCUGUGAGCGUGUGUGUGUGACUGCAAUCCAUGCAUGCGAGUCCUACUGGUAAUAUGAAAACCUGCUGUAAGACUGCAAGAAAAUUUACUGUAGCUUUGCUUUAAUAAACAGUAGAGAUUUUUGUUAGUAACAACCUGAAGGAAGAAAAAAAAGAAAAAAAGAAGAACUGAAACUAACAUUCCCUAGAGUGCUCAUGUGGAAGAGAGCACAGUUCAGACUAUGUAACUUGUUGUCGGGAUUUCUCCCCGUUCCUUUUAUAAUUAUGGUCGUCAAGAUCAUUACUGUUAUGGGGAAAAAACCAUUGAAACCAGAACUUGGACAUACUCAGAUCUGAUUGAUUGAAAACCAAAAUCAGUUUUAACUAAGGUGGAAACCAAAAUAUAAUGCCUUUUCUGAUAACUUG